AUGGAAGCAACUCUAAAUUGGUGGAAGGCCAAGGCGAAAGAAGUUUCUUUCAAGGUUAUCUGGAAAAAAGGGUUCGUCUUAAUUCCCUUCUUCAUCUGGUUGGAGAGAAAUGCUAGAAGGUAUGAAAAUGGAAAAAAAUCGGUAGACUGGUGCUUUGAAUUGGUGAGAGGUGAAAUAAGUGCCCAAUCUUAUGUUCAUCAUGGCUUUUCAAUCUCCAUCUCAGAUCUGCUUUGCUAUAGAAGAUUGGGUAUCUCUGGUAUCAAGUGCCGCCCUAGGCAGAUCUUUGAAAUUUUUUGGUGUCCACCUCUUUCUGGUUGGUGGAAAGUUAAUACAGAUGGGUGCUCCCUUAGAAACCCAGGGAAGGCCGAGGCUAGAGGAGUGCUUUGCAAUGAUAAGGCUGAAGUGGUGGGAAACUUCAGAUUCUUCUUAGGGGUUCUUACAAAUUUUGAGGCUGAGUUCUUGACGGUCAUGUCAGGUAUCGAGCUUGCCAAGUCCCUUGAGAUCCCAAAGUUGUGGAUCAAAUGUGACUUGGUGGCUGUGGUUACCUUACUGCUUAAGAAGAAAGUCCCGUGGACUGUUCGGUAA